AAGUCAAGCCAACCAAAAGUGAAUGCGUCGUAUAUCGUCGUUUGUUAGUUUACUAAAAUAAGUUUUCGCUACCAAUAAAUUGUGAGAAUGAGAAAUAUAAAAGCGUUUUUCGAUUAAUAUACCUGCGAUACGAAAGAAGCAAAUUUAUGCAUUACAAUUUGUUCAAUAUACGUCGUAUAUCUCAAUAACGGUUGGAAUAUUGAAUACACAACGAAUUUCCAAAUAACGCAUUUCGCAGCCAAUCUUGUGACUGCCGUUACAUCGAGUAUAGGUGCUCUGGAGCGUUCAAAGCUUGGGAACAUUGAUAUUGUGGAAUAUUAUGAGUUCGGGGUUUAUUACUGAAUCGGAAUUGGCGGAGGCUAGAAAGCGACGCCAGGAGGAAUGGGAAAAGGUUCGCACAGCCGAUCAACCACUAGAGCGCCCUGAAGAAUAUGACAGUCGUUCACUUUAUGACCGAUUAAAGGAGCAGAAAAUGAAAAAAGAUUUGGAAUACGAAGAAACGCAUAAAUUGAAAAAUCUCAUACGAGGGCUUGACGAAGACGAAGUUAGUUUUCUUGAGUUGGUUGACAAAAAUAAAAUGGGUAUUGAAAAAGAAAAACUCCUCGAAGAAGAGAGGGAGCUUAAUGAUUUUAGAAACAGAGUUACGACCCUACAAGAGGAGACGGAGAACAAGAAAAUACAGACCGAACUAAAAACUAAACUUCGAGUCCAAUCAUCCGCUGCUAGACCGUCACAAAAAUCUCUGCUUGGAAUUGGUAUUAAACGCAAAAAUGGCGAAAGUACAAACUCUUGCGGAGCUUCCGAAAAUAAACACAUAAAACCAAUGACAAAUGAAGAUACCAUGUCGAAAAAAAAUGAAGAGAUACCAAAAAGUCUUAAAAACAUCAAAACAAAUGAGCUAGAUGUUGGUCAUUUGAAGUGUGUGGCAAUAUUGCCAGGCUUAGGACCAUAUAACGAGUCAAGUGAUUCUGAAAUAAGUAGUGGUAGUGAAGAUGAGCCUCAUGGGUGUGAUGAUAACUGCAAAUAUGACUUAGUUGGACGCAAACAUGAAAAGAAAAAGAAUAGCCAAGACGACCAUUAAAACAAUUGCAAAGUGCGUAUCAAACAGGAUACAUUUAUAUACCGUUCCUGUUUUGCAAAAUAAGAAAGAAUAUUAUAACGUAUUGUCGAUUGGAUGAUGCCAAUAGUGAAUGCAGUAAUCAUAUUUCUGUAUUCUAAUAUAAUGUGUAAUAAAACUUAUCGUAUUCUAUUUUUUUGAUAA